AUGGGGGUGCCGACCAGCCACAAGGAGGGCGCAUUCUACAGCGCCAAUUCCGUUUACAACAACUCGGUGCAGGACGGCGGCAUGGACCACGGCCACUCCACCAUGACCAUGACGUACGGGCCCGACGGCCGCAGCAGCUUCGACAGCUACGAGCCGUCGGCCAUGCUGGGCAACAACCGCUUCGUGGCCGGCAACAAGUUCUUCAACUACCAGCAGUUCGGCGCGCUGCGCGAGGGCGGCGGCGUGAGCCUCUUCUCGGCCUCGUACUGCGGCCUGCUGUUCGCCACGGCGCAGAGCAGCCUCAUCUACGCCGCGCUGAGGUACUGCAUGCGCCCCACGCUCAUGCACUCGCUGCUGCUGCAGCGGUCCGAGAGCUCCGUCGUGAUCGAGUGUCUGCUGAGCAUCCCGACGACGCUCGCCUUCUUCCUGGGGCUGCUCUCCGAUGUGGCGCCCAUCGGCGGGUACCGCCGCAAGUCCUACAUGAUCACGGGCACGCUCACGAGCUUCCUCAUGUGCAUGGGGCUCAUGAUCCUCUCGGCCACCGUGGACGUCGACCACUCGACCGAGGACCAGCGCAGCGACUACAUCGUGUACUACAUGGUGCUCAUCAUGGGCGCCACGUUCGGCACCAUGCUCAGCAAGAUCGCCACGGACGCGCGCGUCAUCGAGCUGUCCCAGCGCGAGCCGCUCACGACGCGCGGCAAGCUGCAGAUCAACUACCUGCUCUUCCGGACAGGCAUCGAGUGGAUCGGGCUCUGGCUCACAGCCCUGCUCAUCCGCUUCGACGACGACAAGCGCAACUACGCGCUGCGCGUGGACCCGUUCUGGGCCUACGCCGUGCUAGCGCUGCUGAGCCUCAUGCCGGUGCCGUUUGUGCUGCGCAACUGCAACGAGCGCACCGUGGAGCAGUCAGAGGCCGGCUUGAUGAACGAGAUCGUGGCGGAGGAGGGCAGCGUCGCCAUGAUCACCGCGGGACCUUCGACUACCAGCGCGCGCAUCGGCGCCUUCUUCCGCAUGUGCCAGCAGCGCGCCGUGUGGCAGCUCGUGCUCUUCCUGUGUAUCCUGCUGGCCACCACCCGCUUCUACAUCGGAUCGGCCAACGCCGUCUUCGUCAGGCUUGCGGGACUCAACGCCAACACGACACUCUUGACCAACGCACUCAAGUACCUGACCACCUUGGCCUCCAUGAUGCUGUGGAAGGUCUUCUGGUCCAACUCGUCUUGGCGCCGUUGCGUGUGCCUCGGUAUCGCUGUCAUGGUCAUCCCCGAGACCGUCCGCGCGAUCGUCAUGCUCUACGUGCCGUCCAUGCGUAACCAGGCCUUCUACGACACGAUCGGCUGCACCACCGGCUUCACGGACGGUAUCAUCACUAUUUUCUCGCUGAUCCCCGCGACCGAGAUCGCCGAGAACGGCUCCGAAGGCGCCACGCAGGGCAUGCUGCUGUCGUUCCGCAGCACGAUCGCCAUCGCUAUGCGUACCUUCAGCUCCGACUGGAUGUCGGACCUGGCCCCCCCCAUGGACGAGUAG